GCAACGCGGAGGGGCUGGGCAGCACACGGAGGGCGGAGCUCAGAGCAGCAGCAGCGACCCUUGGGAUUGCCCAGCACUGCGUGGAGGUGGUGGACCACCCGCAGCUGCAGGAUGGCAUGGAUCAAUCGUGGCCGUCGGAUGUUAUUGCCGGCUUGGUCAUUGACUUUGUGAAAAGGCACCAAAUACAAACGCUCCUCACAUUUGACUCCUGGGGUGUGUCGGGUCAUCCCAACCACCGCGCCAUCAGCAAUGCUCUCAGCACCAUGGUUGACAACGGGUCACUGCAAGUCCCCGUGUGGCAGCUGAACAGUGCAUGGCUGCAUGUGAAGUUCCUGGGGCUGCUGGGGGUGCUGAUCAUAUGGACGCAUUUCCUCAUCACACGCCACCUCAGCACGCCGGGCAGCAGAAUAUAUUUCAUCUGCCCGAGCAUGCUGCCAAGCAUGCGGGCAAUGCGCGCCCAUCGCUCCCAGUUCGUUUG